AUGGCAUCUACUACACGGAGGAGGACCAAACAAGUCACGGCAUCUGAGCUCCCCACUCUUCGGAUUGGGCAGUUCCGCACACGAACCAGCAAUACCAACAGUCUUGCUUUCAAAGGCCCUCUCCUGCCCUGGCCUAAUUUCAUACGGGAUGUGGACGCAGCGAUCACGUCUCAGAGAUGGAGUACAAGAGUGAUAAAACACACUGAGCGCCUAGAUGAAGAGGUAGUGGAGAUUGGCGACGAGUAUGGGGUUCAGGGUCGCUUCCAGCAAUGGAUAGGCUCCGUAAUGGGUCAUGUCUUCCAAGCUCAGGCGAUAGAUCUGCAUUUUGCGGACUUUAAAUGCCUAGGACACCGAUAUUCUGGCACUCCCGACACGAUCCUGCAGACCAGUCAGACCGAGCUGAAGAUAGUAGGUGAACUGAAGGUACCAUGGAUCAGGAAACACAGAUUAUCUGGUCUCGCCGCACAAUCACUGCAGUUCAGGCAUUUACUCUCCGACUCGAUUAACUACAUGUAUGAUCUCGACUGUAUGUACGGCUUCUUGAGCACGUACGAUGAGACCAUAUUCCUGAAGCAGGAGCUUGUCCAAGGGACGUGGAGAAUAUACUAUUCUCCUGUCAUCCAAGGAUCUGCAAGAUAUGUCCCGGCCAAUCAGAACGCUGGCCAGCUGGUUGUUUCAGUCAGGCAGUGUUUCCUUCAUGUUGCGGAACUUGCAGUUCGCGAGGGACCAGUUACGAACAAGCCACUUAAAUCCGCUUGGUUCGGCAAUUAA